UGCAUAGUCAGUCUGUGCCUGACAAAGAACAGUUCCUUUCACUGCUGUUCAUCCAAGGAGCCACUUCGCAAAACCCGCAGGAUGUGCAACAAAUUUGUAGGAAGCUGGAAACUUACAUCUAGUGAAAAUUUUGAUGAUUACAUGAAGGAACUUGGAGUGGGAUUGGCCACCAGAAAACUUGGCAAUUUGACCAAACCAAAAGUCAUCAUCGACAUGAAGGGUGAUGAGAUCACGAUCCGAACUGAAAGUCCCUUCAAAAAGACACAGAUCACUUUUAAAUUGGGCCAGGAAUUUCAAGAGACCACAGCAGAUAAUAGGAAAACCAAGACUGUUGUAACCUUAGAAAAAGGUGUGCUAGUACAAGUGCAGAAGUGGAACGGCAAGGAAACAACAAUAAGAAGGAAGCUAGUUGAUGGGAAAAUGGUGGCGGAAUGCACCGUGAAAGGUGUUACUUGCACAAGAGUUUAUGAGAAGAUCUGAGGAAUUGCCAUGUCUUGAGCUGGUUGAAACUACUUGAACCUACCUGGAGUCACUUUGUUCUUCAGAUCUACAUUGCUUUCAUAAUAAGGAGCAGGGAUCAUGCUCUUUUUUCCUUCCCCUUUUGACUGUAGAGCAACUGAGAUAUAUAAACAUAACGUUAAAUGUUGUAUAAGUUUUUGUGCUUAAUAAAUGAUCAUGCUUAUCAGUG